UAAAAAUUUCGGCGACCAAACUCAACGAGACUGUGAAAUGCAUCAAGGAACGCGUUGACAUUUUUGUUUUUGCUCACAACUAAACAGCUCUCGGCAAUGUUUAGUGACGAUGCAGCAUCCCAAAGUGGAAUAUAUUCUAAGCCAGGUGAACUUGCGAAUACCAUGAAUGUCCAAGAAUCAGAGAGUCUUGAAGAUAUCGACAGCGAAUUUGCCGAGAUUUUGGAUAGUGCAGAUCGCAUCUUAGAAGAUAAAAAAACGCUAUGCCGAAAGUUUGGGGAUCUUUCGCAAGAAAGAGCCAGCCAAUUAUCAGAGUCAAUCCCUUCACAAUCAAUCGAAACAGCCAGCUUCCUGCGGAAUGAAUCCAAAACAUGGGAUCUUAUAUCUUCUCUCUUUAAUAGGCAAACUGAUAAUGAUGAUAAUGUCGCUCUUCAAGAACACUUGCGUGUACUCAGAUGGCUGCAGGAUACAGCGCCAAAACUACAACCUACAACAUAUGAUAAAAAAGAAUGGAAACGUUCUGGAGUGAGCUCCUUUGAGCAGCGAUCAAGAAAGAUCAAUGCCAGUAUGAAAACACAAACAAUGAUGGAAAUUGACGACGAUGGCCCGCAAAGGCAAAAGCGACGGCUGCAACCACAAGGUUCAGACUCUAACCGCCAAAUAACCAAAUCACUGUUUAACUUCGUGCGAAGAGGACAAAUUAAAGAGGCCAUAAAAAUGUGUGAGCUCUGCGAUGAACCAUGGCAAUCAGCCGGGUUAUAUGGAUACCUGGAGCACAACCAAGGAAUGACAGAUGGAGAUGGCGUAUUACGCGUCAAGAGUUUAUCAUCGUUAGAAGCGACUGCCCGAAACCUUUGGAGGACGUCUUGCAGCCAGAUAGCAAAGGAUAGCAAUGCAGAUUUGUAUGAACGGGCAACCUAUGCCGCAUUAUGUGGUGAUGUCGAAAAUACCCUGCCUGCUUGUUCUACCUGGGAGGAUACCGUGUGGGCAUAUUACAAUGCACUUGUGGAGAACUUACUACACGAUAUUAUGGUCUCAGGAAGUGGCUCAACAAACGAUAUUCCGCCUGAAGAGAUCAUAUUCAGUAGCGCACAGAGAAAGGACAACAACGCAGAUCGCCCAACUCGGUGUUUCCAUUAUUGUCAAGCCAUGAUCAUCACGAAUCGCUUAGAUGAGCUGGUAGACGCAUUACACAAUGCUUUGGUGUUAAAAAAAACUGCUAAUGAAUUGUUAAUAAUUACGGAUAACAACCUCCGCCAUCACUUGCUUCGAUUUGUCACUCUGUUAAUAUUGUAUUUGAGCUCAAUAUCAGCAUAUACACCGACUGCCGAAAGCGACGCUAUUAUAUGCGAAUACAUAAAAUGUCAUUCUCAAUCCGACAACGGUUUAAAGGCACAGAUUGUUGCACUGUAUUGCUCAAAGCUCUCAAGUGCAGAAAAACAAGCACAUACGUACUCUACGUAUUUGCAACAUUUUGAUGGUGAUCGAGGUGAACGCGAGCUGCUAAUUGAAGUUGGCCAACAUCACCAACUUGAUGUGCAUCGAAUAUUGUGGAACUUAUACCAAAAGGAAGCUCCAACAAAAUUGAAGCAGUAUUCCCCAAGCACCACCACAAGGCACAUAAAGAGCGAACCAGUAGACCCUUCCGUUGUACGACAAAUUCGAAGUAUUGAGUGGCUCACAUUCGAUGAACGGCUUCAUCCAGAGGCUAUAAUUCAGAGCAAUGCAAUGAUCAGAUGUUUCUUAGCCGAUGGCAACAUUAGUGCAGCACAGACUGUUUUUGCCUACUUACCAAGCUCAAUCAUAAGUUCAAUCUUAAACGAGCAGACAGACGAUAAACGAGACUUGAAUCAUAUCGUGGCUGAAAUGAAGCUGGAUGACGUGCUAAUUGAAACAUGCGGGUUGUUCAGUUUGUGGAGCAACCUUCAUACUAAACGACCAACGGAGACCGAUUCGCUGGAAGGCCUGCGUGCAUAUCAAGAAUGGGCUUCACAAUUCGAGCAACUGAGUUUCACUCUCAUCAGUAAGCUACAGCACUUACUUCGAUCACGCUGGUGCCUUAAUGAUAACCCUGGUCAAAUGAUACCAAAUGCAGUAUUGCGGCAGAUGUACAUACCUGAAUUAGUAUUGAACCUGCACCAAGUUCUAUUUGAGACGCAAGAAUUGCUGCCAGGGAACUUGGAAAAAAGUCUUGGAAUUAGCGACAUGGUCGCCAGUGAUGAACUCGGUAUCAAUUUAGAUUUUGUACGGGCUCACCGCAUGGGUGAACUGGUGCAUCGCAUACAGCAGUCUUCCAUCAAAAUGUUACAACUACAGCAACAGUCUUAAGAGACAGUUUUGUAACUUAAACAUCAGCAGUCAUAUCUUUUACGAUGCUUAUUAAUGUACCAUACAAAUUCAAAAAGUAAAAUACACAUGGAUAAUGUGGAUAAUGAGGAGAACCGAAACCUGGAGGAGAUGCGUAAACAUGAGCACUAUUUUUUAUUUUAGAUAUCCCUCAUCAUAUAAAUCAUCUAGAAUCUGAAUAGCAUUCUCUACGUGGC